AUGUUCGCAGUGGUGCUACCGGAGGGGCAGACGCCAGGGCUGUAUGUGAUCAUGGCCAAGGGGCAGGGGGGCAACGGUGACACGGGGGCUUUGGAGCCCCACAGCCCCUUCAACACCGCCCGCACCUACCUGCGCCUUGCAGGGCGUGUCUCCAUGACAUCACUGGGUCCCAGUGAUGUUCGCAGUGGUGGUAUCACAGGGGCAGACGCCAGGGCUGUAUGUGAUUUGAUCAUGGGCAAGGGCGAAGGGGGUGAUGCUGCCACAGGGGUCGGAGGGGGGGGUGGCUGUGGUAGCACCGGGGGUGCUGUUGGCUGUGGUGCAACCGGAGGGGCAGACGCCAGGGCCGUAUGUCAUUAUGGCCAAGGGCGAGGCCCGAGGGGGGCAAUGCCGCCAUUGGGGGGGGCUUGGAGCCCCAGUGUCCCGUCAACACCUCCCGAACUUACCUUGUCAACCUCGUCGCCUGCAGUGCAGCCUGCUCCUUCCCAUCGGCAUGCUGCUCGCCCGCUCAACCUGAUUCCCACCUCCCAAUCCUGUCUUUUAAUCUCCUUCCCUACCUCUGACUCUCCCACCACCCAAUCGUGUCUCCCAUCCCCCAACCCUUGCUCACCCCCUUUCCGCAUUCUCUCCCCCCUGCUCACCCCCUUUCCGCAUUCUCUCCCCCCUGCUCACCCCCUUUCCGCAUUCUCUCCCCCCUGCUCACCCCCUUUCCGCAUUCUCUCCCCCCUGCUCACCCCCUUUCCGCAUUCUCUCCCCCCUGCUCACCCCCUUUCCGCAUUCUCUCCCCCUUGCUCUGCUCCCACCCUCUCAGGUGCCGGACCUCCCCAGUGGCUGCAAGCAGCACACGGCUCGCCCGCCACCUCCUUGCCUGGGGUCUCCUCCUCCCCAUCACCAUCUUACUCGCCCGCCACCUCCCCUUACCCACUUCCCUGCCUUCUCACUCCUGCUUUCUCUCCCCCUUGCCCUGCCCUUGCCCCCUCUCAGGUGCCGGACCCCCCCAGUUGUUGCAAGCAGCACAUGGCCUGCGGGCCUGGAACACCCUCCUGGGUGAAGCUGCACCGGGUGGUGCAGGCGGGGGGGUAUGCGCUGGGCGCUUUUGGGUUCUUCCUCGGGCUGCUCAUGUGGGGGGAUGCGCAUGAGGGGCAUGUGCGCCUCAGGGGCGUGGGGGGGGAGGAGGCAGGCGAGUUUGACCCGGGGGCUCACAGGCGCUAUGGCAUCACGCUGUUCGUACUCGCUUCGUUUCAGGUCCACACAUGCUCUUGCGCUCAUCUGCACACCAUGCCAUGUGCUCAUCUGCACACCAUGCCAUGUGCUCAUCUGCACACCAUGCCAUGUGCUCAUCUGCACACCAUGCCAUGUGCUCAUCUGCACACCAUGCCAUGUGCUCAUCUGCACACCAUGCCAUGUACUCAUCUGCACACCAUGCCAUGUGCUCAUCUGCACACCAUGCCAUGUGCUCAUCUGCACACCAUGCCAUGUACUCAUCUGCACACCAUGCCAUGUGCUCAUCUGCACACCAUGCCAUGCGCUCAUCUGCACACCAUGCCAUGCGCUCAUCUGCACACCAUGCCAUGUGCUCAUCUGCACACCAUGCCAUGUGCUCAGGUGACUGCUCUCAUGGUCAUUCCCCACAAGGAUGCCCUCCUGCGCCCCUGGAACGGCCGACUGGUGACUGCUCUCAUGGUCAUUCCCCACAAGGAUGCCCUCCUGCGCCCCUGGUGGAACUUGCUUCACCACUGGAAUGGACGCCUGGUGGUGCUGCUGGGAGUGAUCAACGUGUGGCAUGGCAUCUCGCUGCUGCACCCCCACUCCAUGGUGUGGUCCUUCCUGUACGGCAUUCCCUUUGGUCUGCUCCUCAUCAUCGCAUCGCUGCUCAAGGCCUUCACUUCCCUUGUUCCCCCCGUCACUUUCCUCUCGGCCAGGUGUGGUCCUUCCUGUGUGGUCCUUCCUGUACGGCAUUCCCUUUGGUCUGCUCCUCAUCAUCGCAUCGCUGCUCAAGGCCUUCACUUCCCUUGUUCCCCCCGUCACUUUCCUCUCGGCCAGGUGUGGUCCUUCCUGUACGGCAUUCCCUUUGGUCUGCUCCUCAUCAUCGCAUCGCUGCUCAAGGCCUUCACUUCCCUUGUUCCCCCCGUCACUUUCCUCUCGGCCAGGUGUGGUCCUUCCUGUGUGGUCCUUCCUGUACGGCAUUCCCUUUGGUUUGCUCCUCAUCAUCGCAUCGCUGCUCAAGGCCUUCACUUCCCUUGUUCCCCAGCCCACGUCGACCAACCGGUCCCCACGGAAGAAGUCGGUGGCGCUGAAGCAGCUCAAGAGGGAGCUGGAGGUCAACAUGAAGCUGCGACGACCUCAAACCUCCUCUACAGAUGCAUCUGCAACAUCUGA